AGAAUAAUCUCAAUCUAGAUUUUCAUUGCCCUUGCCUUUGUGAUGUACGUGUGUACGUUCAGUAAAAAAGAACAGAUCGAAAGAGAAUAUUGAAGGAAUAAUACACUGAAAAAGAGCUUUAUUGAAGACUUAAUAUACAGACUUACUUUAAAGAUAGCCACAAAAUAAUGGCUUCACAAAGUUACAACCUAGGACUACUUCUGGCUCCACUGAAGUUGCACAAUAGUCCCGAGACUUGUCGCAACUUGGAGCGGUAUCCACCCUAUGCGCCAUUCUAUGGGAUAAUGGGCGUAGUGUCGGCAAUAGUAUUGUCCUCGUUUGGGGCUGCCUAUGGCACCGCUGUGUCCGGAACGGGCAUAGCCGCCACGGCAGUGAUGCGUCCCGAGUUGAUCAUGAAGUCGAUCAUUCCCGUAGUGAUGGCCGGAAUUAUAGCCAUCUAUGGACUGGUGGUGGCCGUGCUGAUCUCUGGUGUUUUGGAUACUAGCAAUACGUAUUCGCUGGCCAAAGGAUACGUCCACCUGGCAGCAGGACUAUCUGUAGGAAUGACUGGACUGGCCGCCGGAUACGCUGUUGGUAUUGUUGGCGAUGAGGGUGUGCGACACACUGCUCUGCAGCCGCGUCUCUUCGUUGGGAUGAUUCUAAUUUUGAUAUUCGCUGAGGUACUGGGACUGUAUGGACUUAUUCUCGGCAUCUACAUGUAUACGGUGGAUGUUUAAUGCCCCGAAACAAAUUUGAAAGUUAACGUCCUGUCUCAAAACUAAAACAAUCUGGCAGCUGUUUACCUAACACACACACACGCGGUGGCAGCCUCAUAAAUAAUUUUCUGCAGUUGAAAUUUGGCACAAAUUACUCAAUAACAUUGUCACACUCGAUUAAAAUGCAAAUAAAACAUAAAAAAACAUAUUUAAGCUGUAAAUUAUUAAUGAAAUUCGCAAGAGUGCAACUCUUCUGUGUUGCGAAAACGGCUCAAUAGCAUUUCAGUAUUUUUAAUUUUCGCGCUUCGAUUGCAUAAAAAACAACUCUGUGCUAUUUUUCAGCAGUGUGACAGUUUUUUAUCCAUAAAUCCACUUAAAAAAAUGUAGGAAAAUAUCCGAUAAUUGUAAAUAACCAACUUUAGAAAAGAAGCUCAAAUCUCUUUUGCUCAGAGUCACCAUCUGCUGCAUCGUUUUCAGACAAUUAAAACAAAACCGAUGCCACAAUUACUAUAAAUUGGCGGGCUGAAUGAAAAAAAUACCAGAUUGCGUUUUCGU